AUGACGGCAAAGCCGAGGCCCAAGAAGUACGCUUGCCUGUUCGAAGGGUGUGAUAAACGCUACUCGCGCCCAGCGCUACUAGCUCAACAUGAGCGGACGCAUAGUAACGAUAGGCCCUUUGCCUGCGAUUUUGAGGGCUGCGAUAAGGCCUUCUUCAGAAAGUCACAUCUAGAGGUUCACAAGUGCAGCCACCAGAAAGAUAACGAGAUGCGGUUUCAGUGUAAGAUAUGUGGCAAGGGUGUCAUUGAUGCACAAAGACUACGAAGACACGAACUUACGCAUACGAAGAAACACAAGUGCCCUUACGAGGGGUGCAACGAGUCCUUCUACCAUCAUAUAUCUUACAAGCAUCAUAUUGAAUCCGUGCAUGAGAUGGUCACGGUGUGUGAUAUAUGCCAUAGAAGGUUUCAAAAUAAGGUCUUGCUUGCAAAGCACAAGCUCAAGGAACACGGCGAGGGUGAAACGUUCUCUUGUUCUCAUCCUGGAUGUUUCUCUACGUUCGUGACCGAGAGAAAUCUUAAGGAUCAUAUACGAAAAGAGCAUCCUAAGAUCAAAUGCAAGGACUGUGCUUCCGAAUUUGACUCUCCACUGGCAUUGAAAGCGCAUAUGCUAGUACACGGUGACCCCAGUGGGAAGAGCUCAGAGAAUGACGAGGCAACAAAAUCGGAUGAUUCGAGAGAAACUGAAGACAAACUUGUUGCAUCUAAAGAGGACAAGAAACAUACUGAGAUGACCGCCACAGAUAUAAGUAACUUGAGCGGAUCGUCGAUUAUCAGCUUGAUGCUGGGGAACUUCAAACAGAGAUACAAGUGCCCCAGGUCAGGAUGCGGGAGGGUAUUCGAGCGUAAACACGCAUACGAUAAACAUAUGGAGAAACAUAAAUGGGAAAGGGAACAAGCGGAAAAGAAAUUACAAGAGUUGGAGCGGGAGGAGCAGGAAAACGCUGCAUCGGAGAUCGCUGAGGUUGUCAGUAUCGAGCUGGAUCAUUUUUCAGAUUUGGACGAAGAUAACAUCAUUGACGAGGAGUCCGAGCCAGAAGCAAGCGACACUGAUAAUUCUAUGGUUGAAGAAGUCACCGAAAGACAAGAGGAACUUGACUUGCUUCUAGCUCAGGAGAUGCAAAAUAUUAAUUAG